AUGGCAACGGACGAGUCUCCUGGUGCAGAACAUGCUGCUUUUAUGCAAUGGGCGCAGGCCCAAGGUGUGAGCAUCAACGGGAUCGCUCCGGCGCGAUUCCCCGGCCGUCGCCUGGGCAUGAAAGCGACUCGGACAAUAGAAGAAAACGAGAUCAUGUUAAAUGUGCCCGUAUCAGCAAUGCUAACCAUCGACUCCAUCCCAUCAGCAUUCGUGGCGCAAUUUCCAUCAGGCACAUCCAUCCACUGCAUCCUAGCUGCAUUUCUCGCACACGGAGACACCUCCUUGCUCGAGGAGUUAGAUCCUUGGCGCAAGGUAUGGCCCGAGUACCGCGAGUUUGAGGAUACCAUGCCGGUGCUCUGGCCGGAGCAUCUCCGACGGUCCAAUUCCGCAUUUGAGAGCACAGCAAACGACAACCAGAGCAGCAACAGCAACAGCAGCAGUGGGUCACCUUCAGCACCAUAUCUUCUUCCCCCAUCAAUCUCCGGGCUCUGGAACACCUUCGAGAAGGAACCAGUAGGCGUAGACUACGAGACGCGAUACCAGAACCUCCUAACCCAGCAGGAGAGACGCCUGAGAACCGCAUGGGCUCAUGCCCUCAAAGUGUACCCAGAGACAGACUGGGACACAUUCGCAUAUUACUGGUUCAUCAUUAACUCGCGGAGCUUCUACUAUGUCUCGCCGGGAAAAGACGAACCAGAGGAUUGGAACGACGCUAUCGCCAUGGUCCCUUUUGCAGAUUACUUCAACCAUGUCGACGACGCGGCCUGCGAAGUGAUCUGGACCGGCCAGAACUACCUCUUCAAAGCAACCCGCCAAUACGAACAAGGCGAAGAAAUCUACAUGAGCUACGGCUCGCACUCGAACGACUUCCUCUUCGUGGAAUACGGCUUCUUCCUCCCCACGAACCCAAGUGACAGCAUCUACCUAGACGACAUAAUCUUCCAAGACCUGACCCUCGAGCAGAAGAAAGACCUAGCGGCCCAGGAUCUCUUCGGAAACUUCGAACUCACCCUUCCCCAACCCACCUCCUCCCCCAAAAUAUCAACCUCGACCCCCACACCCCUCGAAGCAGCAGCAGCCCUAAAAACCAUGACCCGCCGGGACUGGAAACUCUGGCUCUCGGGCCGCUCGCAGCGGGGGUUCUCGGCCGAGAAGUCCGCGGAGGUUAAAAGGGGCUGGAUCGAGGUGUAUCACUGGGAGAGUGAGAUGGUGAUUGCUCGGAUCGAGAGGAUUUUAGUUGAUGAUAGUGAGUGUCAUAAUCCCGUUGGAGGUGUCGUGAGUAAUGGUGGUGAGGCGAGGAAAGAUGGUGGCGGGGCGUCGUCGUCCUCUGAUGGGGAUAAGAAGGAGAAGGGGAGGAUGGGGUCCGCGGCGUGGGAGCGCGGGAGACUUGAGAUGUUGGUGGAGCGGUGGAGACAGGUGCGGGGGUUGUGUGAGGGGGCGUUGGAGGGAUUGUAG